CUGGUCGCCGCCGGCCCCCUGGGGGGCCGGGCCUGUCCGAGCAGGAGCGACCACAGCCCGGCUCCGGGCCGGUGGGGCCUGGCCCUGCCAGGUGUGCCGAACGCAGCCGCCAGGGCUGCAGCACGCUCUCACGGUGUGACAGUGUCCUGUGUGAUGAUGCAGUGCCUGCGUUCUUCAGAAGCCUUCAGUGUUUGUUAGUUUGCUUUUGGUGGUACUGGGGUUUGAACCCAGGUCUCACACAGGCCGGGCUCCUGCCGGGCCCUCUCCUCACAGUGUGCCCUGCGUCACUGUCCCUGUCGCCACCACAGCUGCCCACAGAGCAUGAACGAGCCGGCUGCCUGCGCGCGCCGGUGGACUCAGAGGUGAGCCAGGCCGCGAUGGCGGACCCCCGGGACCUCUGCCCUCACUUGGACUCCGUGGGGGAGGUGACCAAAGAGGACCUGCUGCUCAAGUCGAAGGGCACCUGCCAGUCAUGCGGCGUCGUGGGACCCAACCUGUGGGCCUGUCUGCAGCCCGCACCUCCCCCGCAGGCGGCCUGUCCCUACGUCGGCUGCGGAGAGUCCUUCGCUGACCACAGCACCCUCCACGCGCAGGCGAAGAAGCACAACCUGACGGUGAACCUGACCACCUUCCGGGUGUGGUGCUAUGCGUGCGAACGAGAGGUCUUCCUGGACCAGCGGCGGGCGGCCCCGCCCAGCGCCCCGCUCAAGUUCCCCGAGCAGGGCUCCCCACUGCCCUCCCACCCCCUGAAAGCCGUGCCCGUCGCUGUGGCUGAUGAAGGGGAGUCAGAGUCAGAGGACGAUGACCUGAAACCUCGAGGCCUCACGGGCAUGAAGAACCUCGGCAACUCGUGCUAUAUGAACGCCGCUCUGCAGGCCCUGUCCAAUUGCCCCCCGCUGACCCAGUUCUUCCUGGAGUGUGGCGGCCUGGUGCGCACAGACAAGAAGCCGGCCCUGUGCAAGAGCUACCAGAAGCUGGUCUCCGAGGUCUGGCACAAGAAGCGGCCGAGCUACGUGAUCCCCACCAGCCUGUCUCAUGGGAUCAAGUUGGUGAACCCGAUGUUCCGAGGCUACGCCCAGCAGGACACCCAGGAGUUCCUGCGCUGCCUCAUGGACCAGCUGCACGAGGAACUCAAGGAGCCCGCGGUGGCGGCGGCUGCAGCGCUAACGGAGGCCCGGGACUCGGACUCGAGCGACACGGAUGAGAAGCGGGAAGGCGACCGCAGCCCCUCGGAGGACGAGUUCCUGUCCUGCGACUCCAGCAGUGACCGGGGCGAGGGCGACGGGCAGGGCCUUGGCGGGGGCGGUGCGCAGGCCGAGGCGGAGCUGCUGGCCGCGGAGGAGGCGGGCCGGGCCAUCUCGGAGAAGGAGCGCCUGAAGGACCGCAAGGGCACCUGGGGCCAGCAGCGCAGCAGCUCGGAGCAGGUGGAUGAGGACGCCGACGUGGACACCGCCCUGGCCGGCCUGGCUGAGCAGCCCCCCGAGGCCCAGCCGCCGUCGCCGCGGCCCAGCAGCCCCUGCUGGACGCCAGAGCCCGAUAACGACGCCCACCUCCGCAGCCCCUCUCACCCCUGCAGCCCCGUCCACCUCCGCGAGGGCCACGCCAAGCUGGCCAGCAGCCCCCGACGCACGAGCCCCGCGCGGACCGGGCCGUCCUAUGUGCUCCGGAAAGCCCAGGUCUCCGGCAGCCGGAGGCGGAAGGAGCAGCACUACCGCAGCGUCAUCUCGGACAUCUUCGACGGCUCCAUCCUCAGCCUUGUGCAGUGUCUCACCUGUGACCGGGUGUCCACCACAGUGGAGACGUUCCAGGACCUGUCGCUGCCCAUUCCUGGCAAGGAGGACCUGGCCAAGCUGCACUCGGCCAUCUACCAGAACGUGCCGGCCAAGCCGGGCACCUGCGGGGACAGCUACGCAGCCCAGGGCUGGCUGGCCUUCGUCGUGGAGUACAUCCGGCGGUUUGUGAUCUCCUGCACCCCCAGCUGGUUUUGGGGGCCCGUGGUCACCCUGGAAGACUGCCUGGCUGCCUUUUUUGCUGCUGAUGAGCUGAAGGGCCCUGGCCCUGUCCUGCGCCCAGGUGACAACAUGUACAGCUGCGAGCGGUGCAAGAAGCUGCGGAACGGUGUGAAGUACUGCAAGGUCCUGCGGCUGCCCGAGAUCCUGUGCAUCCACCUGAAGCGCUUCCGACACGAGGUGACGUACUCCUUCAAGGUCAGCAGCCACGUGUCCUUCCCCCUCGAGGGCCUCGACCUGCGCCCCUUCCUGGCCAAGGAGUGCACGUCCCAGAUCACCACCUACGACCUCCUGUCCGUCAUCUGCCACCAUGGCACAGCAGGCAGCGGCCACUACGUCGCCUACUGCCAGAACGUCAUCAACGGGCAGUGGUACGAGUUCGAUGACCAGUACGUCACCGAGGUGCACGAGACCGCCGUGCAGCAUGCCGAGGCCUACGUGCUCUUCUACAGGAAGAGCAGCGAGGAGGCCGUGCGCGAGCGGCAGCAGGUGGUGUCGCUGGCCGCCAUGCGGGAGCCCAGCCUGCUGCGCUUCUACGUGUCCCGGGAAUGGCUGAACAAGUUCAACACCUUCGCCGAGCCGGGGCCCAUCACCAACCACACCUUCCUCUGCGUGCACGGAGGCAUCCCGCCCAACAAGUACCACUACAUCGACGACCUGGUGGUCAUCCUGCCGCAGACCGUCUGGGAGCACCUGUACAACAGGUUCGGCGGUGGCCCUGCCGUGAACCACCUCUACGUGUGCCCCGUGUGCCAGGUGGAGAUCGAGGCGCUGGCCAAGCGCAGGAAGGUGGAGAUCGACACCUUC